AUGGGACAUCACGACCUCCCCGUCCCACACGCACCAGCUUCCAUCUCCUCCGUCUCCUUCUUUCUCUCGCGCACAUCCGCACCCGCACGCAUCCCCGCCACCACCAACGCGCGUCACGACACCCACCUCCCACCUCGCCGAUCUGGCAAUAGAAGCACGAGCACAAGCAAUACACCAGCCCUUGGCGUCCAGAGCCGCCACUCGGCGCGCCCGCCGACCUCGCAAGCACUAGGCAGCACAAGCACGAGCAUGAGCACGAGCACAAUCAACAAUAGCAGCAGCAGCAGCACGAGCUCGUGCUCCAGGACCAACGCAUGGCCCUUCCUCUCUCUUCUAUCCCCUCUCCUCGCGAAUAGAUUGCGUGCCAGCGUACAACCCAGCCAGGCACAGGCACUUGCACAGGAACAGGAACAGCGGGCACCGAUCUCCCGGCCGAUCGCUGCCUCUGGCUGUCCACACCCACACCACGCACCCACUCAGCCCGAGCGCAGCAGCGAGCCGUCUCUUCGACGAUCCCCUCUCGCCCACGACCAGCUCCUGCCCAGCCUAGCCCAGCCAGCAAGCCAGCCAGCAAUAUUCCGCACGUACGCCCUGGCCAUGGUCAUGACCAUGACCAUGACAAUAACGAUGACAAGCCAGGUCCCGCCGCCGACGACGCCGCCGACGCCGCCUCGCCCGCCGCCGGGACCUGCCAGCCCGAUCGAAAGAGGCAGUACGUCCGGCCGCGAUCGUCCCGUCCGCCGACAGAGCCGCUCCGCUGCUGCAGCGCCGCGCCAUGCCAUGCCAUGCAGAGCAGAAGGCAGGCAGGCAGGCCGGGCGGAGGAGGUGGGCUGGGCAUGUGGCUGGCUGAUGGCGCGCGUGGAGGAAGGAGGCGGGAGGGGUGGCGCUUGCUUGCCUUGCCUUGCCUUGCUUGCCUGGCCUGGCCUUGCCCUUGCUCGUUUGCUUGAUUGCUUGAUUGCUUGCCUGGGUGCCUGGCCCUGUAGGCCUGCCUGUGGACACGCGCGCCUGCGCCCCUAUCCCAGCAUCGCCAUUCUUGCCCCUCCCAGCCCCUCCCUCUCCCCCUCCCCGCGCUUAAGUGGCGCCUGCGUGUGGUCUUGAUUGCCCAGCUCUAGGACGCUUUCAUACCCAUACCCACCUACGUAGGCCACAUGCGUCCAAAAACGCUUGUCAUCUCGGCCCAGCGAUGCCGGCGCGGACGUGGGACUUUGGGGUUGGGCAUGAUUGGGGGUUUGUAAGCGUUUACAACUUACGCACGUACAUACGGGCAAACAGACAGGCAGACAGACAGACAUAAGUUUGUACGGACAUAUGUACGUGCGUAAAUGCACGCGGAUUAACUUCAGCGAAAAUAGGGCGUUUGCUAGAC